AUGAGAUCUGCAUUUGAAAUCGCCAGAAGCCAUAUCGCCCAUCCCGUUUCAAAGGACCCUAAUGCUCUCAUGAAAGUCCUUCGAGAUUGGCUGCACUACACAGAGCAGGUGGAAUUGCAGGCAAAACCCACACACCCCGCCGCAUUAUGUGUGAAGGUCUAUCCACGUAAACCAACAUCUGCUUUUAAACUCUCAUCACGUAAUUUUUCUUUUUAUCGUCCACAUCAUUCUUCAGUGGAGGAGAGGGAUGUAUACACAAAGUAUAUUCCUCUUCAGUUAUGGACCGCUCUUCUUCCAUGGGAAGUGCAGCGUGGGCUUUCCAUGAGUGAAUUGCGACUACCUGAAAUGGAAACGGGAAUCCCCUGUGAAGAGAUGAGGAAAGAAAAGAUGAAGACCACAGAAGAAAAUAAUAAUAAUAAUAAUAAUAAUAAUAAUAAUAAUAAUAAGGAAGAGGAAGAAGAGGAUGAUCCUUUUGGAGUAGUAACUCCACAACCAAGUAGUAAACACAGUGUAACACAUUUCCCUCACAAAACUGUAAGAGCUUCUGGAGAUCCGGCUCCAGGGAUGUUGUUCGUCAUGGAUGCUUCUUCUGCUGAUCAAGGUAUUAGUUUCUGGAGUGGGGCUAUUUUACAGUCCAUUGACGUUGCCUUUAUUUCUCCUGUAGAACCAGUAGCCACAAACACUCAAUCAUUUCAAGAACUUCGGAAACGUCAAAUGGGGGCAUCUGAAGGUGUAGCGGGUGGAAAAAACGGAUAUGAUAUCACACGUUUUUUUCAAGAUGGUGAAUUAGAUUCCCCAACGGUUACAUUUGCAGUACAGUCGUACUCGCACUUGGAUCCUUUUCCACAUGUAGACAAAAACAAUAAUAAUGAUUGUGAUUGUGGAAAGCGAAAACACGUAGCUCAACCAGAGGAAGAAGGAAAAGGAGAAAAAAAUGAAAAAUGGGGAAUUGGUUCUGGCGCAAGUGUACGUUAUGUGCUAGAGACUACACGACAUUUACUUCGAGAUAGUACGAUGACGGCUCUGCGUGAAUACCACCAACUUCGACGAGGUACAAAUGUAGUAUCAAUGGAAGAGGGAAUAGAAAAUGUGGAACUUAGUAUUUCUUUACUACUUUCAGAUGAAUUAAAGGAGGAGUUACGAGAAAAGGCACGUUUGUGUACGAACUAUGUAGUACCUCUUGAGGAAAACCUUAGUGAACACAUCCGACGUCAAAACAAAAGCACUAUAAUGAAUUCAUCCACCAAUGAAGCUGUAAAAUCAGAUGAGUAUGAUGAUGAUGAUAAUAAUAAAAUGGAAGAUUCUCCUCUCUUGUAUAAUUCCUCUGUUGCUCUUUCUUCAUCUUUGUCGUCAUUGUCUACCGGUAAUUUUGAUUCUGAUGCGGCUGCUACAAUUCGUCCUUCACAGCCAAAUGGAACUCGUGCUGAUCGACGCUUAUCUCUUCGAUCUCCAAUGUUGGCAGAUGAAGAUGAAGAAAAUCCCACCUACUUAGCUCCAUCUGUAAUGGGUAAGCAUGAAGCCCCAGUACUUCAGCAGGCAGAGGAACAGCAGCAGCAGCUUGUGAGUGCCAAAGCCCUCGCUCGUUACCCCAAAACUUCCCCUCGCAUGCCGACUGAACCUCCUAUUGAUUAUGAAUUGUUUGAUCUCUCUUUACGUUUGGGAUUAUGUCAACAAGAUGCUAUUUAUUACUUUUAUGGACGUAUCAUGCGAGAAUGGCAAAAAGAACUGCAGCGCCUGAGAGGUAAAGCUGCUUCUCUUGGUGGUGAUAAUAACAAUAACAAUAACAAUAGUAGUAUCAGUAGCGGUAGUAAGAGCAAUGAACUCUCUGCGACUGAUGUACGCCGUAUGCUUCGCCUUGUCAGAGAUCCUUCGCUUCAAGUUCCAGGAGAACUCUCCUCGUGUGUAGAGGCUGUUGCCCAGCGCAGAGGUAUUACAAUCUAA